AUGGAGAGUAACAUCCACCUGAGCAGCUUGAUCAGCCGGCACGAUGACGAAGCCACGAGAACGUCAACCUCGGAAGGGCUGGAGGAGGGCGAGGUGGAGGGGGAGACGCUCUUGAUUGUUGAAUCGGAGGACCAAGCGUCCGUGGACUUGUCCCAUGACCAGAGCGGGGAUUCGCUCAACAGUGACGAAGGAGAUGUGUCGUGGAUGGAGGAGCAGCUGUCCUACUUCUGUGACAAGUGUCAGAAGUGGAUCCCGGCCAGUCAGCUGAGGGAACAGCUCAGUUACCUUAAGGGUGAUAAUUUUUUUAGGUUUACUUGUUCCGAUUGCUCAGACGAUGGCAAGGAGCAGUACGAGAGACUGAAGCUGACGUGGCAGCAAGUGGUCAUGUUGGCCAUGUACAACCUGUCCCUGGAGGGAAGUGGACGGCAAGGCUACUUCAGGUGGAAGGAAGAUAUCUGCGCUUUUAUUGAGAAGCAUUGGGCAUUUUUACUCGGGAACAGGAAGAAGACUUCAACCUGGUGGAGUACGGUGGCGGGCUGCCUCAGCGUGGGCAGCCCCAUGUACUUCCGCUCGGGUGCUCAGGAGUUCGGAGAACCAGGGUGGUGGAAACUUGUGCACAACAGGCCCCCGACAAUGAAACCCGAGGGAGAGAAGCUGUCUGCCUCCGCUUUGAAAGUGAAAGCCUCAAAACCAACGUUAGAUCCCAUCAUUACGGUUGAGGGACUUAGAAAACGGGCGAGUCGGAAUCCCGUGGAGUCGGCCAUGGAGCUGAAGGAGAAGAGGUCUCGGACUCAGGAGGCGAAGGACAUCAGGAGAGCCCAGAAGGAGGCGGCGGGCUUUCUCGACCGGAGCACUUCUUCCACGCCUGUCAAGUUCGUGAGCCGAGGCCGCAGGCCUGACGUGAUUCUGGAAAAAGGAGAAGUGAUAGACUUCUCGUCGCUGAGCUCCUCCGACCGCACCCCGCUGACAAGCCCGUCUCCUUCCCCGUCCCUGGAUUUCUCUGCCCCGGGCACCCCCGCCUCGCACUCCGCCACGCCCAGCCUGCUCUCCGAAGCCGACCUGAUUCCAGACGUGAUGCCGCCACAAGCCUUGUUUCACGAUGACGACGAGAUGGACGGCGACGGCGUCAUAGAUCCCGGGAUGGAGUACGUCCCGCCCCCUGCAGGGCUGGCCGCCUCGGGGACCGGGGUCGGGGGCCGAAAGAAGGUCAGAGCCCCCGAGCAGAUAAAGCAGGAGGUAGAGAGUGAGGAGGAGAAGCCCGACCGGUUGGACAUCGACAGCGAAGACACGGACUCCAACACAUCCCUACAGACGAGGUCUCGAGAGAAGAGGAAGCCGGCGCUGGAGAAGGACCGAAAGCCCCGGGGUCCCAAGUUCACCCCCGUGAGCAUCUACGAGGAGAAGCUGCUCCUCAAGAGGCUGGAAGCCUGCCCUGGGGCCGUGGCCAUGACGCCGGAGGCUCGGCGCCUGAAGCGGAAACUGAUCGUCAGGCAGGCGAAGAGGGACCGCGGCUUACCGCUCUUCGACUUGGAUCAGGUCGUCAAUGCCGCGCUCCUGUUAGUGGAUGGGGUCUAUGGAGCCAAAGAAGGAGGCGUUUCCAGGCUUCCAGCUGGACAAGCCACGUACAGGACGACCUGUCAGGACUUCAGAAUCCUUGAUCGCUACCAGACUGCCUUGCCGUCCAGGAAAGGGUUUCGGCACCAGACCACCAAGUUUUUGUACCGUUUGGUGGGAUCGGAAGACAUGGCUGUGGACCAGAGUAUUGUCAGCCCUUACACCUCUCGGAUCCUGAAACCUUACAUCAGGCGUGAUUAUGAGACAAAGCCACCCAAACUGCAGCUGCUGUCACAGAUUCGUUCCCACCUGCACAGGGACGACCCUCACUGGACGCCGGAGCCCGACGCACCUCUUGAUUACUGCUAUGUCCGGCCGAACCACAUCCCAACGAUAAACUCCAUGUGUCAGGAGUUCUUCUGGCCUGGCGUUGACCUGUCCGAGUGCUUGCAGUACCCCGACUUCAGCGUCGUGGUCCUCUAUAAAAAGGUCAUCAUCGCCUUUGGCUUCAUGGUUCCCGACGUGAAGUACAACGAGGCUUACAUUUCAUUUCUGUUCGUCCAUCCUGAGUGGAGAAGAGCGGGGAUUGCGACAUUCAUGAUUUACCACCUGAUUCAGACCUGCAUGGGCAAGGACGUGACCCUUCACGUCUCAGCAAGCAACCCCGCCAUGCUGCUCUACCAGAAGUUUGGAUUCAAGACUGAAGAGUAUGUUUUAGAUUUUUAUGAUAAAUAUUACCCCUUGGAGAGCACAGAGUGUAAACACGCAUUCUUUCUGAGGCUCCGGCGCUGACGUGAGUGCAGCUCUUCGCAGGGAGGCACGCGCGCUCAGCAAGAAGGGUCUUUAGGGGACCCACGGCGGGUACCAUCCCCUGUGGGUUCUGAUCUCUGCGAUGAGACCCCCACCCCCACGUCCCAGCAGAGAUGAGAGGCGUGGGCAGCGGGACAAGGAGAGCGCCCCUUCAGAGUCACUGUCCAGCCCUUUCUGGACGGGCCUUCGUCCCACACCUGAGACUCCACCGUCAGACAAGACCAUGGUGUGCCGGCCUCCAUCACCCACAGCCGUCAAGCAGGAAUGUCUAGACUGACAUCUUGAGGGGAAAGCAUCUACCCGCAUUUAAAGUGUGAGAAAUGUGCCCAAAGGGCACCGUGCUGUCCUGGGGCAGUGAGCGAUUAUGAUGGUAACGUGGUGGGACACCGGCCCAUUCCCAGCCGGGACAUAUUGUCACUGACCCAGGAGGACCCCAGGGCACUGAAGCUCCAUUGUCUCUCCCUGACUCUGGUCACAGUCAAAAUAAACCCAGUGUUUGUGUCUGAGUCACUUCGCCCGUUCUCCCACGAGCAUCUCCCGCCGGGGCCAUGGCCUGGGACUCGGUCUCGUUCUCCCGGCCUGUGAAGUGGGCUUGGGGUUGGAGCAGCCGUGCAGCUGCCGUUUCCAUUGUGCCCCUGUACGGAGGAGUGCGGUGGUGGGGUAGAACCCGCUGUGGACAGAAUCCGUCUCUGCAGGGCGAAGCUGUUGGUGUGUUUGUGGGUGUUGGAGAUGGACUGUCAGUCAGGUGGCUUUGGAUUUAGCAGGAACAUUUCCAAACGUAUCCGAUGUUCUCAAAUAAAAAUCUUUCUUGUGA